AAAGCGGCUACUGAGAAUCCUAAGCUCAGACAAAAAACAACAACAGUGAACAUCCUGACGCAGAAUUUUUUGCCCUCUCGCGAAUCCGAAGCAUUAUCGACAUCAACCCGGAUGGUCCACUAGCUUAGAACUAACAAAGGUGAAUAUAUAUAUAUAUAUAUAUAUAUAUUUGUAAGGAAAUAUAAAGAGAAAUAGUAGAAAGGAAAAAAGGAUUUCUUUUUCAUAACUGUUGUGUACCUGUUCACUGCACACACCCUCCAUUUAUGCUUCCUCUGCCUCCCUUUGAUCAAAGUGCUUCCUUUUUAAGAGUCAGCACACCACCAUCUUCCAGAGGCUCCCCUCCUCCUCCUAUCUGUUCACAGCAAAACCGCUUUUACUACUUUUUCUCUGACCAGAUUCCUGGAGAUGAUCAUCGAAAGAGAAGACGUCGAGAUCGACCCGCGAGAAGGGAUUGACAUAAACACCGAUAUCGAUGACAACAGAAGUAGCAAUAACAGUAACUGCAGCAGUCAUGCCACCGGAACAGACGACAGGAAUCGAGAAGAGUGGCUGAAUCUGAGCCUGGGAGGGACAAACUCACCUUCAACUGCAGGGGACCCGGAACUGCAGUCAAGACUGCCCGGGUCAGGAAAGGUCUUCUCGUGCAACUUUUGCAUGAGGAAGUUCUACAGCUCGCAGGCUCUGGGAGGACACCAAAACGCACACAAGCGGGAGAGAGGGGCUGCCAGGAGGUACCAGACCUCUCAAAGGAUGAUGUCAAUAAUGGGUUUGAGCCCAGGCAUCCGUUCACUGGGCAUUCACCCUCACUCACUCGUUCACAAGCCUGGCAGGGAUGGAGCUACCACUGGAAUGGUCGCACGGUUUAAUGAGGCCAAUCCGUCGUUCGGGAUGCCUUGGACUCCUUUUAUGAUCGAGGAUGCAUUGGAUUUAAUGUGGCCUGGGAGUUUCCGUUUGGAUCCACCACAGCUUCAACAGCAACAGCAACAGCAACAACAGCAGCCACAGCAACAGCAACAGCAACAGCAGCCACAGCAGUUACCGCCGCCGCCGCAGCAGCAGCAGCCGCCGUCGCCCCCUAAAUCCCAGCCACUGAAACUCGACUUGAACCUAAGUCUUUGAGCUGACAGAACAUCCUUAAUCCAUUUUCAACUUUUGAUGGAAAACUUAAUUUCCUUCUCUUUUCUCCGAAUAGUUUUUUCCUCGAUCAUGUUAGCGAAGACUCCAACAGCAGGCUAGCAAAGCAACUGCCACGGAAGAGUUGCGGAUUCAGGGAAAAGGCUCUGUAGAAUAAAAAACCAGAGAUGCUGAACCAUCUUGUACUGUGUAUUUAUGCAAGAUAUAUGCUGUAGAAGAAGAAAUGUAUGGACAUAACCCACUUACCAUUCAGUUGAGAUCCUUCAGAGUCUUGAGUCA